AUGGGAUUUGCGCCGCUCCUUCGAAGAGCACGAGGAGUAAGAAGAACCUUGAGCUCGUGAUCAGAUCCAAAGUAAAUAAAAUCAAAAGUUCAUGAUUCUCAUGAUAAGAGAAAAAUUAUUGAUCGGCAAGAAGAAAAAAAAUUUGGCUUACUUUCUUGAAACUUUUUUCCUUAAGAGUUAAUGCAGUUUUGUCGCCCACUAAAUACACUCAAAAACGUACUGUGAACGAAAAUUCAGUUCGGACAAGAAAAAAAAAUGUAAUAGGAAUUUAAGAGUUGAAUGAUGAAGUUUGAAGUAAGACAAGUUUUUUGGUUUGAAAAAUCUAAUUCAUGCACUUGAGGAAAAAGAAAAAUUAAGUUUCAAAAAUGGGAAUAAAAAAAGCAAACAAAAGAAAAACGUGACGUUGGCUUCAAUCAAAACAGCUUACAUUUGUGACAAUUGUUAUCAAAGAUAAAAGUUGCGAAAAAAUCGUAAACAUUGAUAAAGUCAAGAAAGGAAAGAAGGAGCAUACUGAAAGUUCAACUUUGACUACUCGGAGAGGAAAUCGGAUCCGGUCAGGGAAUAAUCUGAAAAGCAGGAGGCCGAGCAAUCUCUGUGAGACUUGACAUCGGAUCGGUGGCGGCGGCCGGUGACCAAAAAAGGAGACAAGGCAACUCGAAAAAAGGAGAAGGAGGUUCUGGGGGCUCUCGAGAGCAAGUCUAUUUCGAGUACAACUGCUGGUGGCGGCGGCGGCGAGAGAAUGGAGCCGCCCAAGGAGGAGAGGCAAAGUUUCAAAAGUUGCAUUUCGCAUCGGUCACGACUUUGACCAACGCAAACAGUUACGGGCCGCGCAGGCUCUGACAGCGACGGCCCUCCGCCGGAGCAACGCUAUUUCCGUCGAGCAAAUUGCUCGAAAAUGACCGGCUGCAGCUGCUCAGGCCUCAGGGCCUGCACGAGGUGAGGUUUUUUGGAACCAAGACAAGACUAAGUUUUGCGAGGAGCAAAAAACGCAGUUUUAGACAAGACCCGAUCAAGAGCUAAUCUCUCUAUUGAAGAAACUAAAAAACUGAGAGAAUUCAAGAACCAAAAACUUUGAGACAAAAAGGUCCGGGGAAGUUUUUGGAAUAAUUUUUUCUUGUAUGAUCCAAAAUGAAAGGUAACUAGUUUUAAUAGUCUCACAAAUUAAAAAAAUGAACUUGAAAGUCAAAAAAAGCCAGAAAUUAAAAAAAUAAUACUCGUGAUUUCAAAAUCGACAUAAAACCAAGGUGAACAUUUUUUUAUAGAUAAACUUUUUCCGAAAAAAAAGUCUAUAAAGUUUUUCUCGCUACUGUAGGUUGGAAGAAGUGUCACAAGAAGAUAAAAAAAUGAGGAAUCUUCAAGAAAAAUUCGCUGAUGAUACUUCAAAAAAAGUCAGAAACUUAGCAGUCAAUUAAGUGAAUUAAUUUUUUUUUAUAGCUAUUUCGAAAUAAUUUUCGAAAUUCUUUUGAGAAAACUGGAGAUCUCCUACAUCUUCUCCUUUUCCGAAUGAAAAAAGGUCCUCCCUCUACUUCUGAAAACGGAAAAGCUGGCUGCAGCCGUCGCCCACGGCGCCGGACGGCCUAUGCGUACUACAAGGCUGAUAAGGCUUGA